AGCUUCACCAACAUCAAUCACACUUACACUUAUCCAUCAAAACACUACAAGUCUGUGAUACUCUCAAGCAAUAGUACUAUCGAGAGUACAUAUUUCAAGAUGGAUACAUCAACUCCCUCCAAUUUGAUGGACAAACACCAGAAGAUCAUCUCCGAGAUCCUCAGGUCUUACCGCGAUUUGAUAAAUUGCGUCACUGUAAAUGGAAUGGACAAGGAAAAGCCAGGCGACUACGAGGCUCAAGCGAAUAAGCUUAACUUCAGAGACCCCGAUGUCAUGGCAGCAGCUGGCUUAAGGACACAAAGAAAGUUUGACGAACUGUACGAGAGCAUCAAGGAACUACUUGCUCUGACUCGUACGAUCAAAGAGCUCUGGGUGUUUGGACCUGUCGACAGAGCUGAUGAACAUCGCAAACAGAAGGAGGCGCAAAUUGACCGCGACGUUGCGGAAAUCACUACUCUUUUCAACAAGAUUGACGCGAAUGCCAUGCGAGACCUUGCGGAGAAGAACGGUGGCACGUGGGAACCUCAAGGAGAAGCUGCGUUGACAGCACCAGCAGCGCAAGCCCCGACUGGAAAUUAGAGAGGCAUUGGGGCGGCUUCUCGAGAAUCAUCGCCAUCAGACCACAGUUCGGUAACACUGGGACGUGAAUCAUCGGUGGAAAGCGAUUUCCCUGGCCCGUGGGUACCCUUAAGCUGGGGAUGAAUCAGAACGUAGAGGGUCCAGAACGCUCGGUUAUGAUACUCCGGAGAAUUAGGCACGGACACAAUACUCAGUUCCAUGUUCGAAAAGGCGUAUGUUUAGGGUCAUGAGGCAGAAGGCCUUCUAAUGGGCGGGACUGACGAAUAUUAAUAUUGGAUGGCGUUUUCGGAGUUGGUGUUCAAAAAGACUACGAUAUAGAUGGUCGAUUUGGGACCUUUUUAACAAUUCUUAUUACUUUAUUUGCACCGUUUAAUCAUGGCUUAAGCUCCUAA